AUGCCGCUUCCAAGCACUGUUUUGGAUUUCACUUCAAGCGUGUCCAUUUUUUCGGAUAAAAGAGAUUACGCAUUCGACAACCGCCUCCGAUGGAACAGUAUAAAGACAUUUAUUUACUUAGCUUGCACAUAUUCAGGUUCGACAUACAAUUUCGAUUUAUUCUCCAAAAUUUGCGAAAAAGUGAGAAUAUAUGAAUUCGUUUUGUGCGAAGUGACGAUAGGCAUGCCUUAUUUGUUCAUGGAUAGUUUUAUUAAGCAAUACACGAAAAAAAAUGAUUGCAACAAACACUUGAAUCCGCUUCUACGGGGGAUAAGCUUCGGUUUGUUCCUACAAACUGCACUAUGGACAUUAUUAAACGCGGCGUACUUAGCGGACUCAAUGCGCUACCUAAUCUACAGCUUACAAGAAUACCCGUUGUGGACGAGAUGCCAAAAAGCGGAACAUUGUAUUCCGGUCCAAGACGUUAUAUCGAGAUGCCGCGAGAACAAUGUCACCAAGUUUUCCGUUACAUCAGCUCAUCUCAACUACAUGGAGACAUUUUCACAAGUUGACAGACACGUGUUGACUACGAAAUUGUUCAUAAUGGCAUUAGUCUGGAUAUUCAAUUUCUUUUUCUCUACCAUUCAAACCGAUUUAUUGAUUAAGUUGUUUCGUUUGACAGCUAUGUUUAGAUUAUUUUCAACACUUAUAACUGUUUUGUUUAUCGUGAUGACAACGAAGUCAUACGCUGCGACAGCUUUUGUACAAAUAUUGGAUAUAAAGGCACCUCACUCGUACACAUUAUCUAUAGAUCACAUUUCAUACACGUUUGGAAUUGGAUUUUUGGGACUGUAUGACUACGGGUCCGUGUCGCCUUAUACGAUGGUCGAUAAUGCUGUAGUCGCUUUUACGGUAGCAUUCACGACAUCCGCUUUAGUUCGAGCGUGGAUCGUGAGAAUAUUGUAUUUGGCCUUGAAAAGUUGCGUAGAAGUGGAAGAUUCUGUGAACCCGCAUUAUCUUGUAUUCGCUAUUUUACCUAUGAGCACUGAAUUUCUUCACACGCACAAAUUGUAUACGUUCUACAUAUAUUUUAACAUCAUGUUCGCUUCGAUGGCGUACCUCACGAUGUUGACGACAACCAUGUCUAAGCUAUUACAGAGCGAAUUCAGAUCCGUUAAAAACAUUUACAUUAUUGGGAUUCUUUGUUUUCUUGGAUUCAGUUUGUCCCUUCCAAUAAUAGUGUCCGUGAAAACAGCGGGUCCAAUAAAAGGUCUGUUAUCUGGAUUGAGAGCUACCGUUCUAUAUCUGGGUGGCUUCAGAGUGGCCGUAGUCAUGUGGGUGUACGGGGUACAGAGAUUUUCGACCGAUAUACAUUUCUGGCUCGGCUUCAAGCCAACUAAGUUUUGGACAAUGUGCUGGACGUUGUUGCCUAUAGUGUUAUUGAUGUUUUUGAUACAAAAAAUCUAUCUUUUAACUCAAGUGACAGAUUUCAGUCACAACGUAUCGGCGGUUUUGUGGAUUGUAAUAUCGCUGACGACCGUGGGGUUUUUUCAGAUCAAGACACUAGCGAGAUAUCUCGUUCGGAAUAAUUUGGCAGCAGUUUUCAAUUCCAAUAAAAGAUACGGACCGCCUGAUGCGGAAGAUCGUAGAAAAAGGGAAAACUACGACGAAACAAUAAGUCAUCGACAGUGUAAACACAACUGUAAUAUCUUGGACGACGUCAUCGAUUGUGAUCAUAUGCCAAUUAUGGUGAAGACAAAGUCCACUACAUCAUUGUCAAGCUUAGAUAGGUCUAUGACAAAUAUUUAUGAAGCCGAUCCUUUGAAUACAUUAACGACUUCUAGUGGUUGGUUCAAAGCAGAGUCAGACAACUGA